CCAAUCCAACCCACUGGUUAUGAAUCGCAUCUCCCCUCCUGUGAACCUACAUAAACUUGGACAUCUGGUAUCUGGCACGUCCUCUUCUCUCCCUCUGCCAUCUCUUCGCCGUUCCCUAGACCCCGUCAUGUCUCAAGCAUAGCCCGCCAAUCAGACCUGCUCGUGCCAGCUUCGAUGGUUCCCCGAGCUCCUCACGCUCACUCCCAGCCAGAGCCCGGUCUGCUCGAGUCCGAUGGGUUUGCGCCCACGCAUCCAAAAUCAGUCCCCAGCUCUUCAAACGAGGCCGAUGAUGAGCGCUCUGAAUUGGACACUGACAACAUGGAUCCGCAAUCACCAUCUCCACAAUAUGCUGGUGAAGACACCCGCUUGACCAGCGAGAAGGAGCUCUCAGGCUUCUACAGCUACGGGUGGGCAGCCGAGGUGUUCGUUGUCUGCGGAAUCGGCUCUUUCAUCCCCGUUACCCUCGAGCAGCUAGCUCGCGAGAACGGAGUCUUGCUUUCAGAUAGGAUUACACCCUGCAAAGCCAGUCUCCACGCCUCCCCGCGGUCCCUGGCUUUCCGGGCUCCUAGCGCAGACCCCUCGCAAUGCAUCGUUCGAAUACUAGGGGUAGAGGUCGUUACAUCUAGCUUUGCUUUAUACGUCUUUUCUUUGUCCGUCCUUAUCCAAUGCCUACUGGUACUGUCGCUGUCUGGGGCUGCAGACCACGGUCGGUUCCGUAAGACCUUCUUGCUUUGGUUUGCUUUUAUAGGCUCUACUGCGACGAUGCUGUUCAUCGCCGUGGUUCCUAAGGUCUAUGUACUGGGCGCGGUAUUGGCCAUUAUUGCCAAUACUUGCUUUGGCGCAUCUUUCGUACUGUUGAACUCCUUUCUCCCCCUGCUCGUACGCAACCAUCCGACAAUAAAGUAUGCGUAUAACUCAGGCGAAUCGUCAUACUUGGACGAUGAAGAUGUGGAUAGAUCUGAUGAGUCUUCUAUCAUUCACGAAGCACAGUACUCUAGUGAGCUCGUCGAGGAAGAUAAUCUGAUGGAUGGGGCUGCAGACGCGACUACAGCGCUCCUUCCACAUUCGAGAGGGGAAGCGGAUCUUACAGUCUCGGAUCCUAGAUCACGGGUGGCACCAUCGCUUGAGCUGGCGCUCUCAACAAAGAUCUCCUCGUACGGAAUUGCCAUUGGAUAUAUCGCCGCACUGCUUGUCCAGACCAUUUCUAUCCUCAUCUUAAUCGCCCUUGGGUCCACAACCUUCAGCCUCCGCCUUGUCCUCUUCGUCAUCGGCGCAUGGUGGUUCAUCUUCAGCAUCCCCUCUGCCAUGUGGCUUCGUCCACGCCCUGGACCUCCACUCCACAUGCACGCUACUUCGAACUUGCGCACCUGUCUCGCCUACUUUGCAUACUCUUGGAAAUCCCUCGGCCGCACAGUCAGGCACGCGCGUCUCCUCAAAGACGUACUCCUAUUCCUCGCUGCUUGGUUUAUGAUUUCAGAUAGCAUAGCGACGGUAUCCGGCACCGCCAUCCUCUUUGCCAAAACAACUCUGCAUAUGAAAUAUGAAGCCCUAGCACUCAUUAAUGUUAUUGUUACAGUCUCCGGCAUCAUCGGCGCUGUCACCUGGGCCCGCAUUAGCAAAUACAUGGGUCUCAAACCCAGCCACACGAUCCUAGCCUGCAUUGUACUCUUCGAAAUCAUCCCCCUCUAUGGACUACUUGGCUAUAUCCCCGUGAUUCAACACUUUGGUAGCUUUGGAUUGCAGCAACCUUGGGAGAUGUAUCCGUUGGGUGCCGUGUAUGGAUUUGUCCUUGGGGGACUAAGCAGCUAUUGUAGGAGUUUAUUUGGAGAGCUGAUUCCACCGGGGUUCGAGGCGGCGUUCUAUGCGCUGUAUGCAAUUACAGAUAAGGGGAGUAGUGUAUUUGGGCCCGCUAUUGUCGGCGCCAUCACGGAUCGUUAUGGAGAGAUUAGACCUGCUUUCUGGUUCCUGGCAGUUUUGGUCGGAUUGCCAUUCCCAAUAAUGCUGCUUGUCGACGUCGAGAGAGGACGAACUGAGGGUAUCGCAUUGGCAAGAGAAUUACAGGAAAAUGUAAAAGCAGACGAAGAUAUAGAAGAUUUAAGAGAAAGGGAAGACGAGAGGUGAACCGGUAACAUAAGGCUCAUUGACAUUGACUGUUGAUUGCAUUUGCAUGGAAGAGGAGUUUAGCAUCUGUUACCAUUUAUAUCAAUC